UCCAGCGGCUGCCGCCUCAGCCCUCCACAGCGACGGCAGUGGCCGCGGCGGCUGGGUCGGCGGCGGCGGCAGCAGCGGCAGCAGCGGCUGCGGGCUGAGCGGCGAGUUUCCGAUUUAAAGCGGAGCUGCGAGGAAAAUGGCGGCGGGCGGAUCAAAAUACUUGCUGAACAGUGGAGUCAGAGACCAAUAAAAAUAAACUCCUACUUGAACAUCAUUUGACUGGUUAGCCAGUUGCUGAUGUAUAUUCACGAUGAGUGGAUUAGGAGAAAACUCCUUGGAUCCACUGGCCCCUGAUUCACGAAAACGAAAAUUGCCGUGUGAUACCCCAGGACAAGGUCUUACCUGCAGUGGUGAAAAGUGGAGACGGGAGCAGGAGAGUAAAUAUAUUGAAGAAUUGGCUGAACUGAUAUCUGCUAAUCUUAGUGAUAUUGACAAUUUCAAUGUCAAACCAGAUAAAUGUGCAAUUUUAAAGGAAACAGUAAGACAGAUACGUCAGAUAAAAGAGCAAGGAAAAGCUAUUUCCAAUGAUGACGAUGUUCAGAAAGCUGACGUGUCUUCUACAGGACAGGGAGUUAUUGAUAAAGACUCCUUAGGACCACUUUUACUUCAGGCAUUGGAUGGUUUCCUGUUUGUGGUGAAUCGUGAUGGAAACAUUGUAUUUGUGUCAGAAAAUGUCACACAAUACCUGCAAUAUAAGCAAGAGGACCUGGUUAACACAAGUGUCUACAAUAUCUUGCAUGAAGAGGACAGAAAGGAUUUUCUUAAGAACUUACCCAAAUCUACAGUUAAUGGAGUUGCCUGGACAAAUGAGACCCAGAGACAAAAAAGCCAUACGUUUAAUUGCCGUAUGUUGAUGAAAACACCACAUGAUGUUCUGGAAGACAUAAACACUAGUCCUGAAAUGCGCCAGAGAUAUGAGACCAUGCAGUGCUUUGCCCUGUCUCAGCCGCGAGCUAUGAUGGAGGAGGGGGAAGAUUUGCAAUCCUGUAUGAUCUGUGUGGCACGCCGCAUUACCACAGGAGAAAGAGCAUUUCCAUCGAACCCUGAAAGCUUUAUUACUAGACAUGAUCUUUCAGGAAAAGUUGUCAAUAUAGAUACAAAUUCGCUGAGAUCCUCCAUGAGGCCUGGCUUUGAAGAUAUAAUCCGAAGGUGUAUCCAGAGAUUUUUUAGUCUUAACGAUGGGCAGUCAUCGUCCCAGAAACGUCACUAUCAAGAAGCUUAUAUCCACGGCCACGCAGAAACCCCAGUGUAUCGAUUCUCUUUGGCUGAUGGAACUAUAGUGACUGCACAAACAAAAAGCAAGCUCUUCCGAAACCCUGUCACAAACGACCGUCAUGGCUUUGUCUCAACCCACUUUCUUCAGAGGGAACAGAAUGGGUAUAGACCAAACUCGAAUCCUGUUGGACAAGGCGUUAGACCUCCAGCUGCUGGAUGCAAUGCUUCGGUAGGCGGCAUGAGCAUGUCUCCAAACCAAGGCUUACAGAUGCUGAGCAGCAGGACCUAUGGCUUGGCUGACCCCAGCACCACAGGGCAGAUGAGUGGCGCUAGGUAUGGGCCUUCCAGUAGCAUGGCUUCAAUGAACCCUGGGCCAGGCAUGCAGUCGCCAUCUUCCUACCAAAACAACAACUAUGGUCUCAGCAUGAGCAGCCCCCCACACGGGAGUCCUGGUCUUGGCUCCAACCAACAGAAUAUCAUGAUUUCUCCUCGUAAUCGUGGGAGUCCAAAGAUGGCUUCACAUCAGUUUUCUCCUGUGGCAGGUGUGCACUCUCCCAUGGGAUCUUCUGGCAAUACUGGGAGCCACAACUUUUCUAGCAGCUCCCUCAGUGCUCUUCAAGCUAUCAGUGACGGUGUGGGGACUUCUCUUUUAUCUACUCUGUCUUCACCAGGCCCCAAAUUAGAUAACUCUCCCAAUAUGAGUAUAACCCAACCAAAUAAAGUGAACAGUCAGGAUUCCAAGAGUCCCCUAGGCUUGUAUUGUGACCAGAAUCCAGUGGAGAGUUCAAUAUGUCAGUCAAAUAGCAGAGAUCACCACAGUGACAAAGAAAGUAAGGAGAGUAGUGUCGAAGGGUCGGAGAAUCAAAGGGGUCCUCUAGAAAGCAAAGGUCAUAAAAAAUUACUGCAGUUACUUACCUGUUCUGAUGACCGGGGCCAUUCCUCCUUGACCAGCUCUCCCCUGGAUUCAAGUUGUAAAGACUCUUCCAUUAGUGUCACCAGCCCCUCUGGGGUCUCCUCUUCAACAUCUGGAGGAGUGUCCUCCACAUCCAGUAUGCAUGGGUCACUGCUGCAAGAGAAGCACCGGAUUUUGCAUAAGUUGCUGCAGAAUGGGAAUUCACCAGCUGAAGUUGCCAAGAUUACCGCAGAAGCCACUGGGAAAGACACCAGUAGUACAACGUCUUGUGUGGAAGGAAAUGUCAAGCAGGAGCAACUAAGUCCUAAGAAGAAGGAAAAUAACGCAUUGCUUAGAUAUCUGCUGGACAGGGAUGAUCCUAGCGACACCCUCUCUAAAGAGCUGCAGCCCAAGGUGGAGGGAGCGGACAGUAAGAUGAGUCAGUGCAGCAGCUCCACCAUUCCCAGCUCAGGUCAAGAGAAAGACUCUAAAAUUAAGACAGAAACAAACGAAGAGGGAUCUGGAGAUUUGGAUAAUCUCGAUGCUAUUCUUGGUGAUCUGACUAGUUCUGACUUUUACAAUAAUUCCAUAUCCACAAAUGAUAAUAACCUGGGAACCAAGCAACACAUGUUUCAAGGAACUAAUUCUCUGGCAGGUUUGAGGAAUCCACAGUUGGUGCAGUCCAUUCGUCCUCCGUAUAACCGAGCAGUGUCUCUAGACAGCCCUGUUUCUGUUGGCUCAAGUCCUCCAGUAAAGAAUAUCAGUGCUUUCCCCAUGUUACCAAAGCAGCCCGUGUUGGGUGGGAAUCCAAGGAUGAUGGAUAGUCAGGAAAGUUAUGGCUCAAAUAUAGGUGGUCCAAACAGAAAUGUGACUGUGAAUCAGACUCCUCCUUCAGGAGACUGGGGCUUACCAAACUCAAAGGCCAGCAGGAUGGAACCUAUGAGUUCAAACUCCAUGGGAAGACCAGGAGCAGAUUAUAAUGCUCCUUUACCCAGACCUGCAAUGGGUGGCUCAAUGCCCACCUUGCCUCUUCGGUCCAAUAGCAUCCCAGGUGCAAGACCAAUGUUGCAGCAGCAGCAGCAGCAACAGCAGCAACAGAUGCUUCAAAUGCGGCCUGGUGAGAUUCCCAUGGCAAUGGGGGUCAGUCCUUAUGGCCAAGCAGCACCAUCUAACCAACCAGGUUCCUGGCCAGAUGGCAUGUUGUCCAUGGAACAAGGUCCUCAUGGGACUCAAAACAGGCCACUUCUUAGGAGUUCCCUGGAUGAUCUCCUUGGGCCACCUUCAAACCUAGAAGGUCAGAGUGAUGAAAGAGCAUUGUUGGACCAACUGCACACUCUCCUGAGCAACACAGAUGCCACAGGCCUGGAAGAAAUUGACAGAGCUCUGGGCAUCCCUGAACUUGUAAAUCAAGGACAAGCUUUGGAGCCCAAACAGGAUGCUUUUCAAGGUCAAGAAGCGGCAGUGAUGAUGGAUCAGAAGGCAGCAUUAUAUGGGCAGACGUACCCGGCACAGGGGCCUCCAAUGCAAGGGGGCUUUAAUCUUCAGGGACAGUCACCAUCUUUUAACUCUAUGAUGAAUCAGAUGAACCAGCAGGGCAGUUUUCCUCUCCAAGGAAUGCACCCAAGGGCCAACAUCAUGAGACCCCGGACGAACACCCCCAAGCAACUUAGAAUGCAGCUGCAGCAGAGGCUGCAGGGCCAGCAGUUCUUGAAUCAGAGCCGUCAGGCACUUGAAAUGAAAAUGGAAAACCCCCCUGCUGGCGGUGCUGCAGUGAUGAGGCCUCUGAUGCAGCCGCAGGUGAACUCCCAGCAGGGUUUUCUCAACGCCCAGAUGGUCACGCAGCGCAGCAGGGAGCUCCUGAGUCAUCACUUCCGACAGCAGAGGGUGGCCCUGAUGAUGCAGCAGCAGCAGCAAACCCAGGCCUUCAGCCCGCCCCCCAACGUGACUGCUUCCCCCAGCAUGGACGGGGUCCUGGCAGGGCCUGUGAUGCCACAGGCUCCCCCCCAGCAGUUUCCAUAUCCACCCAAUUAUGGGAUGGGACAACAAUCAGAUCCAGCCUUUGGUCGAGUGUCUAGUCCUCCCAAUGCAAUGAUAUCAUCAAGAAUGGGUGCCUCCCAGAAUCCCAUGAUGCAGCACCCUCAGACUGCACCCAUGUAUCAGUCCUCAGAAAUGAAGGGCUGGCCAUCAGGAAACCUGGCCAGGAACAGCUCCUUUUCUCAGCAGCAGUUUGCCCACCAGGGGAAUCCUGCAGCGUAUAGUAUGGUGCACAUGAAUGGCAGCAGUGGUCCCAUGGGACAAAUGAACAUGAACUCCAUGCCUAUGUCGGGCAUGCCCAUGGGCCCAGAUCAGAAAUACUGCUGACAUCUCUACACCAAGACCUCUAAGGAAAUCACUGUACAAAUGACACUGCACUAGGAUUAUCAGGGGUAAAGGAUCAUUGUUCUAGGCACCCAGCUUUGAAGAAAGGACCAGCUUUGAUCUCCAUCAAGGGUAUUCCAAGUGACGUCAUUUGAGCAGGACUGGAUUUUAAGCUGAAGCGUGAUAUCUACCUGUUUUUUUUCCCCUUCUUCUCUGUAUCAUGGUGUUCAAAACAGAAAUAUUUUUGGCAUUCUCCCUGUUAGGGAUGUGAUUCUGGAGGUAUGGAGUGUUACUGAUCACAAUACUCCUAUGUCACUUCCCUCUUCCUGACUAUCCAAAGUCUUUCAAAUAAAUGUAGGUGGGCCAGAGAACAUUGGAGAAAUCAGCAGCAAUUACAAUGCCUGGUUUCUCUAGUUGCAGCAUUGGAUGAAGAACAUUGCCCCAGCUUUCACAUGUUUUUUGUCACUACCAAGUAGUUCUGUACGUUAACCCUCUGCCCCGUGGAGCUGGCAUUUCCGAGUUCUCGUUCUUUAAUGCUAGUGUUGAGUUGCUCCAGCCCUGUUCUCGGUUGUCCUAGGCCUUUUCCUAACUAGAAUUGUCAUCUGCUCCUAAUGUCCUAUAAUACUUCACCUCCAGGAAUCGUCCUUGAUGUCAAACGGCUUUGCAGAAGGGAAAAUGAGAUGACAGUAUUUAACUGCAGCAGUAGCAAUUUUUUACAUGCUAAUGUGCAGCUGAGUGCACUUUAUUUAAAAAGUAAUGGAUAAAUGCAAUAUUCUUGAGGUCUUGCGGAAUGGUGAACUACAUUCCUGGUUUUUGUCUAAUCUGUUGGACAAGAACUAUGAUUUUUGUUGUAGUUGUUGUUGAAAGUACUGAUGUCACCCUUUGCCUAUAUGGUAGAGCAAUAAUGCUUUUUGAAAAUAAACUGCAGAAAACCCAAGGCCAGGUACUGCAUUCUGAAUCAGAAUUUCGCAGUGUUUCUGUGAAUAGAUUUUUCUUUUGUAAAUAUGACCUUUAAGAUAUUAUGUAAAAUAUGUAUAUACCUUUUUUGUAGGUCACAACAACUCAUUUUUACAGAGUUUGUGAAGCUAAAUAUUUAACAUUGUUGAUUUCAGUAAGCUCAGCGUGGUGAGGUUGCAAACAGAAGAGACACCUCCUGAAUUAUGUGGCCUGGGGGAGGGGACAGCAGUCCUCAGCUCCUCCCCCGCCUUAGAUGCCUGCUCUUUUCAACCUCUUAAUCGAAAUGCUUUUUAGAGAGAUCAUUUGUCUAGAUGUAGGCAUUUAAAAAAUUUUUUUUAAAUUCCUUUACCAGAACUAAGCACUUUGUUGAUUUUAGGGGAAAGAAUAGAUAUGAGGAAAUAAAGUUUUUGAAAAAAGAUAUCAAGAAUUUAAGAUCAAGCAAUUUGAUUAAAAAAGAAUCUUGGAUUUUAAGCAGUCCAUAAAUUAAUCGCUAUUCAUGGUAUUUUUUUAAAUUGAAUUCGUCGUCUUUUCAUGCAUUUUAGGAGUGCUCUGAGGUUUUGGUUGCUAGGACCUGAAGCCCACAUUGAGAUCUCGGGAGGAGAACCCUUGAUGUGUGGUUUCUGUUGUCUGCUCUGCUGUGUCGUCAUUCUACUAAUGUGAUGUGUUCGCCGUCCCUGAGAAUUAGGAUGGUGCCAUGACUAUUUCUUAGGCGCUCAGUCUCCAGAGCAGCCAGUGUCUGGGAUUCAGAGCUGCAGUCUGACUGAGCGCCUCGGUGCUCCCUCCCUCUUCUGCCCCCACCCCGUUCUGCCAUUGCCACUCCCUGACACUUGUUCUAGUCAGUGGGAUUAGGGAAAAAAAAAUCAAGUUUAAUUCCCUUUAUCUGGUUUACUUUAUUAAGUUCAAACAGUUGAAUGAAAAUGGGUUUUUUGGAAUAUUUGUGUAUUUCAAAUGUGUCUGCUAGCCUUGGUGUCAUUUCCUAGCAAUAACUGAGAGCCAGUUUUAAUUUCACGCAUUUAGCCAGUCUUUCUAGGUGUCUCUCAAGGUAAGAUAAUUUAACUUCUUUGACUUUCCUAUGAAUAAGUGAAACCUGUAUUUCCAGAGCCACCACUAGAGCAGAUUUGAGGUUGACCCCCCCCCGCGCCAGUGUGGUUAAAAAUAGAUGUAAGAUUGUAAAUCCAUCAGCUUCCAGCAUGGUGGCCUGUGCUUUUCAGGGGACAUCUCCUCCUGUCUGGGACAGAGGCGCAGGUGACAAGUCUCUGUCUGUGGACACAGCUGUGUCAGCAUGCCUGAACCGCUCUGGUUUAGGUCACGUGUGUGUGGGGAGACAGAACGGUGCUCUUGCCUUUCUUGAGUUUUAAAAAUAAAAAAAAUAAAGUUUUGUGAUUCUUUCCCUCAGUCCUAACUCCAGGCUAACUGGAAGGCAGCACCUCCUUUUUAUAUGGGAAAAAAAUGAAGUUUAUUAUAAGUUUUUAUAUUUUCUACUUGGUCAUUUUAUUGGUGCAAACUUAAGAUUUUGAUUUUCUUUUAAUAGAUGCAGCCUUUGAGACAAUUUGUUGUUUUUACCUUUAUUGUCGCUUUAUCUUUUUUGGAUAAUUCUCUUUGUACUCCUGCUGCCUACCUCUCCUCACCACCGCCACCCCACCACCACUUUUUUAAACCUUAGUAUCUUUUGGGUGAACAACAUAAGUAAUCUUCUCAUUUGCUUUUAGAAUGUGAGAUAUUUCCAGACCUACUUUUUUGCUGAAUCCAAAGAUAUAUAAAUAUAUAUAUUUUAUAGAAAUCAAAGUGAUAUAAAGGAGAUACAUGUUUCUUCCUUUAAAAAGCAAAUAGAAGCUGUGGUUAAUGUUCAUAUUAUGAUGCCACUUUCCGAAUCGUGUGUCCUGAGGGAAAGGUGUACAUAUUAAUCAACAGGACUGCUUAGGGAUCGCUAUUUACUAUCGAGGGGCGAGUUGGGGGUGUACCGGGGUAGGUGCUACAGAACAUAAUUGGCUUUCUGUCCUAGAAGUUCUUUGAUCCAGAGACACAUGCAGCUGGAAAGCAGAGACAGAAUGGACUGCCAGUUACCCACAUGCCUGUCCAGGUCCUUUUUUAUUUGCAGAAGCCAUGAGUUUUGUUCACAAGUCAGAAAUUGAUAGGGGUAAAACUCUAGGAUAGAUGAAAUUCCCCCUGCUGCAGAGGAGCAGGAGCUGUGGCCAGCUCCGGGGCACACCGUGUCGGAACGAGCAGGGUGUUCUCUUCUUUCCUUCUCUCUCCAAUAUGUGGAAUUCUGAAGAAGAUGGAAGUGUCAUUCUGAGAGCAAUAUUUAAAUUCUCAGGAAGUGACUUAUAGUAUUGAGAAUGAAUUCAGUUUCAAUCAAGUUUACAUUAAAUGUUGCUUUUAAAAAAUAUAAAUCAUUCUUUACACUGCAUAGAAUCCAACUACAUGGGAUAACUUAUGAGAUGGUUGGGUGGUAAGCUUUGAGUGCUUUGCUCAUCAUUUUGGAUGUCAUUGUAAAUAAAGGUUUCUAUUUAAAA